GUGCUCACGCAGUGUAUCGCGCCGCGCCCCCAUCUCCUCAUAUGCUCCGACUGCGACUGGGGAUCAUCGUACCUGCAGACACCACACCUGACAGCGGGGGGGACAAGCGUAAACCCGAGUGUCACUUUAACCAAUACAAGCCUCACUCCACUGACUGAACACCCGGAUCGGAGCCACCGAGAGGAAGCGUUUGUAAAAUAAAGUCCUGCUUCAUUGUCGGCUCGCGGUAAAUGUCACGCAAUAGUGGAGCUGUCACGAAACAGCUAGCAGAUGAAGUUAGCUAGCUUGCGAGCGUGAAGGGCUGUCAGUGAUGGCUCUGGUGUUGAAAAUAUUUAGUUUGCCACUCCGUUGUAGCUAGUUCUUUGUGUAGGAAUUAAAAACGUAUAUGAGUGUGGUGACCAUAUCCAUAGUUAUCCAAACACCGCUGCGUCUUGUCUCUUGAAAUAACCUCUGUUGCUUGUUAGCCUCCUCGCUAACGUUAGCCUCAAACUGCACCACUCAUUCAACUUGAUUGAAUUGAUAUUUCCUGGUUUGUGAUCAUUGCAGGAUUGGAUAUGCAGACUGAGUUUUGUUCCUAAAGCUUGUCUAAAGUUGUGUUAACUGUUCUGUUUAGGUAUUAAACAGGAAACUGGACGUUGUUCACUCAUUUUAGUGCUGCUAAAAGCCUCUAUUAAAAGCACUUGGUUGAAAUUCAUCCUACAAAAACAGAUAUUCAGUCUCUUCUUGAUCAGUAAGUUUCAACUGGAGAGGACUAACCAUAGGAAAUUCUGAUCCUUAGUCCCCUUAACAAGGCUCAUAGUUUAUCCUUACUAAAGCAUGGCUCCCAAAAAGAGACCUAUGCCCCUAAACAUUGCUCCUCCGUCUGAUGGGUUAUCCACCUCCAUCAACACUGAAGUUGCCUCUGAGUAAGAUAUCCCACCAUCAAAUAAGCAUCUUCUACCUCAUAUACAGACAUCUGUGAAAGACUUUAUUCAUUCACAUUUAUUCAUGUUUCCAGGGCAAAUCUAGAAUCACUUAAAAAAAUAUUGGAAGAGCUGGACCUGGAUGAGCAACAGAAGAAAAGGUUAGAGGCCUUCCUCACCCAGAAGGCCAAGGUAGGCGAGCUGAGAGAUGAUGACUUUCAACGAGUCUGUGAGCUCGGCGCAGGCAAUGGAGGAGUUGUCAAUAAAGAAUGCCACAGACCCUCAGGAAUAAUCAUGGCCAGAAAGGUACACGUUUCUUCAGAUCUAUUCAUCAUGUUGUAUGAUUAUGGUAGAAUGUAGUUUCUUCACACCAGACUGUUUUCUGUCCUUGUUAAGCUCAUUCAUCUUGAAAUCAAACCUGCGAUCAGAAACCAGAUCAUCCGAGAGCUUCAGGUGCUGCAUGAAUGCAACUCUCCUUACAUUGUGGGUUUCUAUGGAGCUUUUUACAACGAUGGAGAGAUCAGCAUCUGCAUGGAGCACAUGGUGAGAGAAGUGAAGCAAGUCUAACAAGUAUGUCUGCAACGAUCAGAUUCUUCUAACUGGGAGUUUGUGGUCUUAUGCUCCUUUACAAAUGCUAAUCUUCUAAGGAGAGGUUUUUUUGCCUAUUACAAGGAUUAUGAUUUCAAAUCUAUAAAAAAAUAUAAUAGCAUAAUAUGAUAGGUAUUGUCAUCCAAAUAUCAAUAAGAAAAUCAUCUUAAUCUUUCCUCUUACAUGUAAAGUAUGAAGCAGGUUUAGUGGGAUAGUAAUGACAAACAUGCAAUACUGCAUCCUAUAUCAGAUUUACAAUUCUAAAUAAGCUUUAUGGUCAUAAUAUCAAACAUUUGAUCCUUCAGAAAUAUUAUUUAAUGCGGCAUAUUCACCUAUAAAUCUAUCGUAAGACCUGUUGUGUUAUUGUUACCUUGCUUCAUUGUACAGGAUGGUGGAUCUUUGGAUCAGGUACUGAAAGACGCAAAGAGGAUUCCUGAAGAGAUUCUGGGCAAAGUCAGCAUUGCUGUAAGUGUCUUUUUUUAGAUUUCUAUGCAUCACAGUGUAGCAUAACUAGCAUUAACAAAACAGUGGGUAUAUUAGAAUAUGAAUUUAGGUGUAAAAUUUUUUAAAAAAGAUACAAUCGAGACCUUAUUAUUUUACUCAGCAUUUUCAGUGUAAUGUUUUGAGUUUACAAUAUUCCGAGGACUUGGCACACAUACACACAAACUCAGUCAGAACUGGUUAAAUAUGAACUGCUGGUAAACGUUAUUAAUUUAAGUAAUUUGUGCUCAUUUUGAAACAGGUUUUGAGAGGCCUUGCCUAUCUGAGAGAAAAACACCAAAUCAUGCAUAGAGGUAAAUCAAAGUCGUUCCUAUUUUUCACAACAUGAAACUUUUUCUGAAGCUAAAAGUUUACUGCAACUAAGUGUGUCAAGGUUCGAUGGUUAAUUCUAAAUGGUUCCAUAUUUUUACGUAUCAUCAGGAUGUCAAGUCAAGUUCAAAUUCAAGAAAAUGUCUCUUUGACCCUCAGAUGUGAAGCCUUCCAACAUCCUGGUGAACUCGCGUGGAGAGAUCAAGCUUUGUGAUUUCGGUGUGAGCGGGCAGCUCAUAGACUCUAUGGCCAAUUCUUUUGUUGGGACAAGAUCUUACAUGUCGGUAAGUUGGUGGAUUAUGGCCUGUAAAUAAUUCCCCAUCCUUCCUCUACUCCCCUGUCUUUGUUUUUGUUUGAGUUAUUUAAUGUGUACACUGUGGUAACCAACAGCCUACUCUCUUUGUUUGCUGUGUAGCCGGAGAGAUUGCAAGGAACCCACUACUCUGUGCAGUCAGAUGUGUGGAGCAUGGGAUUGUCCCUCGUAGAACUGUCAAUCGGACGCUUCCCCAUCCCUCCUCCUGAUGCAAAGGAACUGGAGGCCAUUUUCGGACGAACCAUUUUGGAUGGUAAUGAGGGGGAAACAUUGAGCACUUCACCCAGGCCCCGAGCACCAGGUCGACCUGUCAGUGGUGAGAUUGCUGUUUUAAAUUGGAUAGAGUCAUUUGGUUUUUGGGCAGCUUUAAGUAAAAGCACAAGGAGUAGUGCAGAGUGGUGUAAGUAAAAAAAAGAGAUGUUUUUUUUAACUAUUAUUUUCUGGAAAUAAAUCUGAAAAAAUGUAGGAUUGAUCAUCUUAUAAUCAGGAUCUGUACUUCUGAGCACUCCUUGCCUUCAGAGCUAGUGUCCCCCUAAGGCUAAGGCCAGCUGUCACUCAGAACUACACUGUCAGAAAAAUGAAAUACAGGGUAGAGAUACUCACUGAUCAUCUGGAAUAAAGAGGCUCAAAAGUAAACUAAGUUAGUCAAAAUUCAGGCAGAUUAAUAAUGCUGAUAUUGGAUCAUUUGUUAUUAAUGCAGCGGUGACAUUUUAUUUCCGUCAGUGAGCUGAAAUACGCUGACACAGAGUGUACUGUCUGAUGAUAACAAGCCAAAAUAAUUUAAAUCAAAAUUUUUACAUCUAAGACGAUUCUACUGUGGUUCUAUGAGCAGCCACUUUAAAGGGAUUGAUGGAAGAUUGUGAGUAUGUUGAUAAAAGACAAAACCAAUAGUAUGCCCAUUAACAGACCUGUCAUUCUCCGUAUCGAUUACAGUUUUUUGGGGUAUUUGAAUACCGUUACUAUAGGUACUUCAUUUACACAAGAGCACAUUUUAUCUAAUCAAAAGGGGACUGUUUAAUUUUUGAGAAAGGAGUUAAGAACACAACCCAUUCUGUUUUAUUCAAUUUGUAUGUUUUGUCAUCAUUUUCAGUCAUAAUUUUUCCAAAUAAAAACAAGACUUUGUCUUCAAAAAAGUCCAUAAAUAAAGCGUGAAAAAUGGAGGUUGACCCAUGAUCAAUUAAACGUAACAACCCUGCUUUGAUUAUUUGAUAUGUAUGUGAGUAUGCAUGCAUAUUUGUAUUCACUUAUUCAUCUGUUCAUUGUUCUUUAAUUAAUUAAUUCCUAUUUAUCUUCCUUGCUUCAUUCCUUUACUUCUUGUCCAGGUCAUGGUCCUGUAAUGGCUAUUUUUGAGCUGCUGGACUAUAUCGUAAACGAGGUAAGACUCUUUGAAUGUCACUAAAAAAUGCCCUCGGAUUUGCAUACGUUCCCUCUUAAUCAGAAAGGGGACCCCUCUGCUGUUUGGAGCAAGAUCAAAUGUUCAUUCAACAUCUCACUUUUUUUUCAGCCUCCUCCAAAACUACCACACGGAGUCUUCACUCAUGACUUUCAGGACUUUGUGACAAAGUGGUGGGAUAAUAGUUUUAGUUGUGCCAUAUUUUAAAAUCUGUUUUUAGUAUUUGCUCAGUAAUCAUCUCAUUUUAACUUAAACGUUUUCAAAAUCAGAUGAGAGAUUGUUUCCUUUUCUGUCUUUUUCAGUCUCAUCAAAAAUCCAGCAGACAGAGCGGACUUGAAAAUGUUGAUGGUGAGUGCCAUCAGUUAGAUAUCUGCCUUCAAUACAUAUUUAAGGUGGCAUGUGUCUUUAUGAUCUUUAUUUACACCAACAUGCAACAGGGUUGUCAGUUGACGCAGAAAGACUGCAGUCAAAUCUGUAUAUCAUGCUCUGUCAAGAUGGAGUCAGAAACUGCAAACUUGAAAAGUGUGUUGGAAAGAUCCAGUUUGUGAUGUCUGGUAUCUUAUCUGUAUGUCAUUGUGUUUACCAUGUUGCAGAACCACACGUUUAUCAAGCGCUCUGAGGUGGAGGAGGUGGACUUUGCUGGCUGGCUUUGUAAAACCAUGGGGCUGAACCAACCGAGGACUCCCACCCGCAUAGCAGAAUAAACACACACACUCGACACACUCGUGCACACAGUACAAAUGUGUGUAAACAUCAUAGAGAAGCUGCUACUCGAAACCUUACACCCACAUACACACUCUGCCAAUCCUCCCUGCCCACUCAGGUGAGCCUCUGAAGUCUCCACCUGUCAAUGAUGGCCACUAUCAGAUCCCAUGUUUGGGAAGGUACUGUACAGUUUGGUCAUUAAGAAAACGGUGUUAAGUUUGAUUUAGGUUCAUAUUCGGAUGUUAAAUAUCUUAUUUAGAGAGUAAGAAAAAACUAUCACUGAUGAAAUGCUCGAUUUAAAUCCUAUAGAAGUCACUGCUUUUGCAGUCUGUUUUGUUAUUUUAGUUUUGACAAUGUCAUGUGCUCCGUAUUUUCCUUCUUUUGGGUUAUAGAUACCAUCAGGGUUGUGUCCAGUUAAGACCGGCAGUCGAUGCUGUGUCAAAACUGAAAGAUGAUUCACAAAAAUGAAAUCAAAACAUACAGUAUAUUACAGCUGUGUAUUUUUUCAAUUCUGCCUCAUUUGUCAGUGAGAAUUUCUCCGAAGUGUUGUGAGACUUACAGUAUCUGUGUGUCAAUCUCAGCUCUCACUGUCAUGAAUCAGCAUCUGUAAAUGUGUACAGGCAGAUAUAGAGAUGAUUUUUUUACACGGUUAUGCAAACACAUUGAAAAAUGUCAGAUAGGUUUAUUUUAAUAAGCAGGUUGGGUUGUGUGUUCUCCUAAGCAUGAUUGUGUCUGUUUCCCCCCCUUUUUUAAAGCUGCAUUUGUUACAAUAAAAGAUGUCUUGAGGUGAAGCACAAUGUUUUGAACAUUUUAGCAUGACCCUCAAUUUCAAGUCUGAAUUGAAAUUAAAUAUAACAUUGAAAUACCCUUCACUCCCUCUUUACAUAGUGCCAGUAGUAGUUCUCCCAAACGCAAAGACUGCCUUUCGAAUAUCUACAUUUUACUAGAUGUGACUGGACUUAAUGCUUCUAACUGGGCAGUCUCAUCUGAACCAAAUGGUGAUGAUGUAUUUAGUUAUGUAAACAACAGGACAGGGUUUUGCUAUUGAAAAGCUCUCUUUGCUGUUGCUGGAUUAGGACACUUCUUUUCUGUUUUAAAACACAAGUUCUUUAUAGUCUAAGUCACUCAGAGAUCUUUCUUUGAAAAGAAAUUCCAAUUUAUCAAUAAAUGGUCUGCAUUGUAACUGAGA